UUUAUCAUUACAUAUUUGUGAAGUUUGUGGUUUCAUUUUGGAUUUCUUUUGUUAUUGAUCACCACAUGUGACAGUCCAAGAUGAGUAAAGAAUACCCAAGUCAUCACUCAAGUACUGCAUUGUAGUAGAUAUGGUCUUGCUGUAGGUGCCAACUUUGCAUGGCUAGUGCGGAUUUUAAUGAUUGUUUGUUACCCAGUUUCUUAUCCAGUUGGAAAGGUUCUGGAUCACCUAGUGGGGCAUAAUGAGGCUUUAUUUAGGAGAGCUGAGUUAAAAGCCCUUGUCUCCAUUCACGGCCAGGAGAUGGGAUUCCAAUUUCCUGGCAAAGCUGUUUACUCUGUGGUAUGGAUAGUUGCCUUUUCACUGUUCAUGGAAUUUUUGGGCUUCUCUACCCAUAAAUGGUACUGUCGAGGUAGAUAACACAAUGUCGCUGAGGCGUUUCUUAGGCUAUUCUGAUGGUGGGGUCAUGAGGUCUGAUGCAAAACCUUGUUUCAGGCUAAUGAGGCACAUAGCUGCAAUCUUUAGUGUUGGUGGAGCAUUUGGAUUUUGGGUCCUUUGCCGAAUGCACUAUGGUUUGGUCUACCUUUUGCCCUCGCUUCUCUCUUGUUCUAUCUGAACUUUGUGACUAAAUUGCUGACAACAUUGUUUUCCUGUGCAUGGCGAUUAAGUAAAUCCACAAUUUAUGCUAGGAAUGGGCUAUGCUACUUGAAGGUAUGCUUAAUAUUAUUAUUUCUUAUGAAAUUUAGUGACUAUGAAGAGUCAUAAGUUUGUGUGGAGCUAUCUUUCUCAGUUAAAUAGUAGAAGGAAAGAAGACCAAGAGAGACACAAUUUUGGAAAGAUCAUCGUAGAAUAGUAUCUAUUCUAAGACGGUCACGUGUAAAGGACCGUCUUAGAAUGAGUAUCAUUCUAUAUCGGUUCUUGAAAGACCGUCGUAAAAUGCAUAUCAUUAUAAGAUGGUUCUUCAUAUGCAAUCGUCUUAGAAUGAAUAUCAUUGUACGACAGUCUUUCUAGAACCAAUGUAGAAUAGCCUAUCCCCCUUUUAAGAAUGUAGAAUAGUCCAAUUAACUGAUGUACAUUGUAGUUUUUUUAGUAAUACGAUUUUUUUUUUUUACUUUUUUAUAGAAUAUA